AUGCGGGAUCUUACUUCUUUGCCGAUAGAACUGCUGCUUGUGAUUCUAGACAGAUUUGAGUAUGCCUCGGACGUCAACGCCCUGGCGCAAACCUGUCGCCGGUUCCACGACCUCGCCAAUAGUCGAUACCUCUAUUCCUAUUUCGCCCAGACAUGUUCCCCACAGGGUCUUCAGAGAAUCGCGGAUAUAUGUAAUCGUGAGUCUUUGCGCAAAAUGCUUGAGAGCCAGGUGGACAUAGACCAGUUCUACACCGGUUCCGAGGAGGACCAUACUUUGAGGGACUUUACAUCCCUCCUACUCAAUUACUGUGAGCCGGCUUUUCUUCUGGAUUUCACAAAUGGUCGGAAGCAGCUCUUUCAAGUGGCGCUCCGCGAAGGUCAUUUGGAGUUUCUCAAAGCCUGGCUUGCAGAUGCUCUCGCCCGGCCGAGCUCCACGAGCCAGCCGCUUGGGAAGUUGAUGCAACGGGUUGCAGCAGAGGGUACCCUUCCCUUCCUGCAGUACCUGCUUGAAACCGGCUUCAGGGACACCGAUCCGUCCUCUGCUCCCUUGUCUCAUGCGGCCAAGCGGGGGGACAUGGAGAUGGUUGAGACCCUCCUUGAAGCUGGGACGGAUGCCAAUCAGGUUCACGUUGAGGCUAGGCCACCAGGGCAACCGCUCACCGCAAUCCAAAUGGCCGCCUCACACGGUCACCACGAGAUUGUCCGGCGUCUAAUGCGCGAGGUGGGAAGAAGACGCCAUUACCAUGCUCGCGAGAUGUACGAUCUUGUCUCUCGGGGAGGAGGACAGAAACAAGCGGCGGUACUAAUGAUGGACGGGCUCGGCAAGCGACUAGAGGCUUUGCAGCCACCUCUCUCCGAUCAGGCACGCAGCUAUUUCAUAGUGUGUGGGGCGGCAGCGGGCGAUGAAGGGGUCAUCCGGUGCUUGCUGCAGAUGACAGACCACAGGGAAUCCAUUUGGCGUCGUGAGGAUACCUAUUGGGCGCUGCAACACGCGGCGAUAUCUGGCCACAUCGAGGUGGUCAAAUUGCUGCUAGACGAGGUCACGGAAGUAGUGCCCACACAGCUCUUUCAGGCCUGCGCCUUUGCUGCAAGAGGUGCUAUCGAGAGCCAAGACGUCGGACUCCCCAUUUUGGUUGAGCUAUUGGAUCGUGGGGGUGAGGACUUUAUCGAGGAUUAUGGACUUACCAUGCUGUAUGCUUCGCUCACGACCGGCAACAAGGAAGCAUGCAAGCUCCUAGUAGAGCGAAAUGCGCUCCUCAACUGCAGGUGGAAGUUGAAACACUUUAUCCGUGAACCUAUCCUUAGAGCGGCCAUGCAGGCGGGGCAAUUGUCUCUGUUCUGGCAGGCUCUCAAGCACGCCCAUAUUUGGCCGGCUGUCGGUGAGGACCGCAGAUCGAAGACAGUCGAGAUACUGGGUCUCGCGGCGUAUCGCGGCUCCGUCGACACCUUCAAGCAAGUCCUCAGUCAUUGUGCGGUGUUUUUGGACCCCAAAGAUCCUGCAUAUGACACUGUUCUCGUGUCGGCAGUCCUGGGCAGGCACCCAGAGACAGUCCAGCUAUUUCUUGAAGCCGGGUUUGAAGUCAACGGUCUCUAUCCCCGAACGCAUGGAAAGUCAGCGAGCCUACUAUAUCUCGCCAUUCGAAAUCCUCCGUUUGGGGGCGUGCCUUCGAAGGAAGAAUCGGUCACACUCGCCCGGCUCUUGCUAAGACACGGGGCCAAUGUUAACCUCCUGAGCUGGAAAGGGGAUACCGCGCUCGCGUGCGCGAUGGAACAACGGUCAGAAGAGCUGGUUGAGCUUCUACUCGAGACAAAUGACAUCGACCCUUUACUACAGGGAGGGUACCGAUUGAGCGCAGUGCAACGGGCGCUCGUAGCCUACCCAGCCAAUCCGAAGUAUUUGAGACUACUAUUGACCAAGGUGUCAAUCCACGAUCCCCGACUACAAGAUCUGACCCAUCGACUUGGGGCACGAGCCCAGGUCUGGCUCGAGACUCCACCGAGCUCCGACUUGCGAGAUGAACUUCAGCGCUGGCGCGCAAUCUGGCUAGACGCAGAGAAGAGCGAAGAAGAUAGUGUGGAGCAGUCCGACAGUACCCCCAAGCCCCUACAGGCAAUGCCUCGAAAUAACCUAUGGUGGACGCAGUUUCUGGCCCUCAAGGAGAUGAGGUGCUACUACUGGCGUGCCAUUAGCCCUGUUCCAGAUUUGUGA